AUGGUGCUGGUGCUGCUGGUGGCCAUCCCACUGCUGGUCCACAGCUCCAAGCGGCCUCACUACGAGAUGCUGGGCAGCUGCCCGCAUGGUCUGCGACCCCUACCCCCGGCCCUGAGCUGCCCCCCGCCGCCUCCCCCGCCACCCUUCCUCCCCGGGGCCAAGGGCGAACCGGGGCGGAAGGGCCGUGCUGGGGUACGGGGUCCCCCCGGACCACCAGGACCGCGGGGGCCACCGGGUGAGCCGGGGCGGCCGGGACCACCGGGGCCACCGGGGCCGGGGCCCGGAGGGUACAUCCCCUCCUUCUACAGCCCCAAGAUCGCUUUCUACGCGGGGCUACGGAAGCCCCACGAGGGCUACGAGGUGCUGCGCUUCGACGACGUGGUCACCAACGUGGGCAACUACUACGAGCCCUCGAGUGGCAAGUUCACCUGCCCCCUGCCCGGCAUCUACUUCUUCACCUACCACGUCCUCAUGCGCGGCGGCGACGGCACCAGCAUGUGGGCCGACCUCAUGAAGAACGGGCAGGUGCGGGCCAGCGCCAUCGCGCAGGAUGCGGACCAGAACUACGACUACGCCAGCAACAGCGUCAUCCUGCACCUGGACGUGGGCGACGAGGUCUUCGUCAAACUGGACGGCGGCAAAGUCCACGGUGGCAACACCAACAAGUACAGCACCUUCUCCGGCUUCAUCAUCUACCCCGACUGA